CAAGAGAAACAACGUUCGAUUUUCAAGCACCUCUGCAGUGAUACGUAUCUUUUAUCUUUUCUCGCUAAAAUGGAAAGUCUGACAAAUAUCUUUCAAUUUCAUCCAUGGAGGAGAAAACCUAAGCAGAAACAACAACAAGGAUUCAAAACAAUCUGCAAGAACUAAGCUACAAAUGGCGUCCAUGUCCGCUUGCUUCUUCUCUGUUAGACCGAAAUUCAACUGCUCAAGCCUCCCUCAAAAACCACUACCGUGAUUCUUGCUCAACCCCCAAGAUUGUGGUGCGGCAGAACCUCCAUCUCCGUAAUUAGGGCGAGCAGCAGCAGCGGCAGUAGUGUUUAUGGCAGCAUGUCGAUGGCAAUUAGCCCCGGCGGCAGUGUGGAGAGUGAUAAAUUGCCGUCCGGCGUGCGGAACCGAGCCAUGGAUGCCAUUGAUUCCAGCGGACCGAGGGUUACCGUUGGGGACGUGGCGAGCAAAGCCGGGCUCAAGUUGAAUGAAGCUCAAAAAGCUCUACAGGCUCUGGCUGCCGACACCAAUGGUUUCUUAGAGGUGUCCGAUGAAGGUGAUGUUUUAUAUGUUUUUCCGAAGGAUUAUCGAUCAAAGCUUGCGGCAAAAUCAUUUAGGAUCAGAGCUGAACCUUUGUUGGAAAAGGGGAAGAUGGCAGCUGAGUAUUUAGUGAGGGUUUCCUUUGGCACGGCACUGAUUGCAUCCAUUGUUCUUGUAUGUACCACAAUUAUUGCUAUAGCCUGGAGUUGUCGUGAGUCAGACGACCGUGGCAGACGCGGAAGAUCAUACGACUCUGGUUUCACCUUUUACUUAAGUGAUUUGUUCUGGUACUGGGAUCUAUAUUAUUACAGGAGAAGAAGAGUAAGAGAAGGUGAUGGUGGGAUGAACUUCUUUGAGUCUGUUUUUUCCUUUGUAUUUGGGGAUGGUGAUCCCAACCAAGGGAUUGAAGAAGAGAGAUGGAAGUUGAUUGGAGAAUACAUAACUUCAAAUGGCGGUGUUGUCACAGCCGAAGAACUUGCUCCAUUUCUUGAUCUGGAGACUACUGAAGACAUGGAUGAUGACUCAUACAUACUACCGGUGCUUCUUCGAUUUGAUGGCCAGGCGGAAGUAGAUGAUGAGAAGGACCUGCAGGGGAAUAUUUUAUACCGUUUUCCAUCACUACAACGCACUGCUGCUCCACAGAGGAAUGGGCGGAAGAAAUACAUUGGGAAAAGAUGGACCGAUUGGGUUGGAGAUGUUGAUAAGUUUUUUAAGGAAAAAACAUGGCGAUUCAGCAAAACCAGUUUUUCAGAGAGAGCAAUGGUGGUUGGGUUAGGUGGCUUUAAUCUAUUUGGGGUUAUACUUCUUGGUACCAUGCUGAAGGAUACAACCGUUAGCUCGAGUGGACUCAUAACAUUUGUACCAGACAUAUUUUCCUUACUUCAGAUCUAUGCUGGCUCUUUCUUUGCAAUUCCAUUGAUUCGGUGGUUUUUCAUUCAAAUCAAAAAUGCUAAAAUUGUCAAAAGGAACAGAGCGAGGGAACAGCGUGCCAAGGCACUUGAAUCACCAGAUCUCUCUUUGAGGCGAAAGUUCUUAAGUGCUCGGUACAUGGCUCAGAAGACAUUCAUUGGGAGUGAGAGAAUUGUCUAUAGUACUGAGAGGGAUUUGUUCGAGCAGGAUUAUGAGACACGAGAAUGGGAUCGAAGAUUCAAAGAGCUUGAAAAGUCUGAGUGAAUAAAGCACACAGGUUUGACGUGUUGCCUUUCACAGAGAUAUAUGUAUUAGAUGCAGGUAAGGUCCGUUAGUAAUAUUGCACAUGAGUAUUUUUUCAAAUGAUGCAAAAGCGUCGAGAAACAGACUUUUUAUUAUUAUACAUUCUCGUUUGUUAUUCAAAUUGAACGUCGCAAUAGGUCUGAUCACUUCAUUGUUCCUCUUUUAAGAUAGCCUUAUACACCAAUGAUCAAUCUGCAGGUUUUAA